AACUAGCCAGAAUGGUCCCGGAGCUAAGGGGCUUCACUAUGGUCUAGGAUUCCACGGGGUGUUUUUUUCGAUGCUGGUGGAUCUUACCCCACGCCAGGAAGUCGCUGACGUGCUUCUCCCUCUUGAGGGGCGAGUUGGAGCACUCGCUGUGCACGCAGAUGAGAAGGUCCAGCAGGGUCUCCACGCUCAGACAUCCCUCCACCUUCCGCUCCAGCAGCGACUCCUCCAGCCGCUUCAGUCGGACCUGGGCAGACAUCCUCGCGCAGUGGCCGCCCGUUAGCCUCCUUUUAGGCUCGUUUGCUGCUAAGCUCCAAUAGCCGCCUUCUCGUUAGCUCCGCGACAACAUUCCCGAUGGUGCGGCGUCGUCGUGGAGGUUCUCCGCGGGUUACCGUCAGUCCGUUAUGCGUCGAUCCGUUCAACCGACAGGCCCGCGUCCGAGUGUGCUUUAAUCCCACCGCAAAUCUGGACUUUCCUCUACCGCGAUGUCUCCUCACGUUAGCCGCCGCUGCCCCAUGUUGGCCGACGGCCUAAAAGCUCGGGACCUCGCCCGGCUCCACCCGGACCGAGUCACUCAGUCGGCGGCCCCCCCUAGGACGCCGUGGGAGGGCGUGCUGGAGGGUUUCUGUUCGGGUUUUUUGGCGCUUUCCAGGCGGGCCACCGGUGUGGCUGAUCAGCAGGAAUAUGGCUGAAUCCAGGUCGACUCGGCUCUUCCAGGACAAGAUGACGACAGUUCAAACCACUUCCGGUACGGGGGACUUUCACAGCAAAAGACGUUAGACGCUGGUCCUCAGUGAAGUCCUCGGUGAAGUUUAAUGGGGAAUUUGCGUCAUUUCUUUCAAUGGUUGACAUCAUACAACAUUACAUAACCAUAUUACAACUAUUAACCUCAUCUGCAAUUUGCCAAAAUACAUAUCUAUGUUUUAGUGUGCAUACAGAAGCAAAUGCUCCCGGAUGUUGACCCCUUUAGGUUGUUGUCACUUGAUAAAACCGAGAGGGACAGCCCAACCUUCCCUGCCGGAAACGCAGGGAUACGUGACGUCACAUCACGGGCCCACAGGAGCCAGGAGGAGACGAGAACCGACGCGUGAGUCGUCACGACGGUGACAACAGACGACGGUGUCAACGGAUAACAGCAAAUGUGGCCGUUCAAGCGAUGUCCUCGCACGUCUCUUCAGGGACAGAUCUUCUAGCUGAAGAAGUCAAUGAACUCAAAUCAAAUCUUCGAUGAAGAUGUUUGAAGGUCACAUCCUGCCUGCGUGACGAAACGUCACCUUGAAAUACCCGCUAAGCUUCUUAUCUGAGGAGCGAGCGUCGCCUCUUUCGCCUCUAUCGAUGGACUGAACUUUGACCUUUCACGUCCGCCAUGUCCUGUUCGACAGCGGACGAGCACGUAUGACACUCGCGCCGUGGAUGACGCUCGUGUACGAUGCCCGCUCCGCAAAUGACGCUCGCUAUGACACCCGCCUCACAUAAGACGUCCGCUCCACGUGUCCCUCACUCCCGUCAUGUAUGAUGCUCAUGUCACGUAUGACGUCCACUCCACAUAUGAAGCUCAAUCACAUUGUCACAUGUGACACUUAACUCCACGUAUGACGGUUGCUCGCCGACAUAUGUGCUCACUUCACGUAUGACGGCCGCUCAUGUCUGACGUCCACGCCCAUCAUGCAUGACGUUGACUUAUGACGCUCGCGCACGUAUGACGGUCACUCCACGUAUGAGGCUUACUCACACGUGACGCUUGCUACACUCGUGACGCUCGCAUGUAUGAUGCUGGUUCACAUAUGACGUUCGUUCACGUAUGACGGUUGCAUCACGUAUGACUCUGGAUCACGCAUGACGCUCAUCCACAUAUGAGGUUGGCUCACAUCACAUGACGAUGGUUCACGUAUGACACUCCCUCAUGUAUGACGAUGGCUCAUGCCACAUAGGGCAUACGACGCUUGCUCCACGUAUGAUGUUCUCGUCAUACAUGACAAGUCAUUCAAGAACAGUAUGACAGUCGUUGAUGUAUGACGCUCUCUCCGUGAGUUUUGUGUUUAAAGUUGAGUCAACCAUGAUCGACUGGGCGGAGCUAAGGACACUAAAGUGGAAUCUGAUUGGAGCAGGCAAUCUACCAAGGACCGUCCUACCUUCCCGAUUGAGUCCUCGACCUUUCAACUGAUGUUCUUGUUCGCUGAGUUGCAAGGUUCCCUAGCAGAGAACCAAGAUGGCCGCGAGGAGCGCACGCGGCAUGUGGGGCCGCUGGUGACCCUGCACAUGUGAUCCACAACAUCAUGGCGGUCUGCAAAGUGACUUUUAGCAAGGCAGAGAGAGAGAAGCUCGCUGAGAUCCUCUGCAUUCUAAACUGGGUCUCGGUGGUGACCGGCGCCGCCCUCUUUUGGGUGGGUUUGUUCCUGAAAGUGGAGAUCGAGAAAUGGCAGGAAGUGAUGUCAGACCGGGGGGUCCUUCAUGUGCCACAUAUGCUGAUCGCCACGGGCCUGGCCGCUUGCUGCAUCAACUUCCUGGGCGGGAAGAUCUGUCUGGACUGUGCUGACCCAAACAAGUUCUUACGCUGGAAGCUGGUCAUGAUGCCCUACGUGGUCUGCACCUUCUUCUUCACGUUCUGCGUCCUGGUGGGGGCGCUGAUGUGUUACAGCGUGGGCGGCCAGCUGCAGGAGUCGCUCUUCCUGGGACUGCGGCACGCUAUGCGCCACUACAAGGACACCGAUACGCCGGGUCGCUGCUACCUGAAGAAGACCUUGGACUUGCUGCAGAUCCAGUUCCAGUGCUGUGGAAACACGGGAUACCGGGACUGGUUCCGGGUCCAGUGGAUCAGUAACCGAUAUCUGGAUAUGAGCAGCAGCAGCGUGGUGGAACGUCUAAGGAGUAACGUGCAGGGGAAGUACUUGAUUGACGGUGUUCCAUUCAGCUGUUGCAGUACCUUUUCUCCCCGCCCGUGCAUCCAACACCAGGUCAGCAACAGCUCCGCCCACUUCAACUAUGACGCUCGGAGCCAGCAACAGAACCUGUGGGAGGGGGGCUGCCGGCAGGCCCUGCUGGACCACUACACCGGCAUCAUGAAGUCCAUGGGCGUGGGCGUGCUGCUCAUCUGGUUGUUUGAGCUACUGGUUCUGACAGGGGUCCGUUUCCUGCAGACGGCCAUGGAGAAUGUUCUCCUUCUGGGGGAUCCAGACUUGGAGUCGGUUGGCUGGAUUCUGGAGAACAGCCUGGCAGAAACAGCCCGAUCAAACGUGAAGAUCAUCAAAAGCUUGGGGAAGUGCUACCAAGUGGACGACGACCCCAACCUGAACGUGUCCACGGAGGCCGGGGAGGGCUGAACUGGCAGGUCCAGAUGCCAGCUGGACCAGGAUGAACACCGAAGAGGACGUCCCACGAAGCAGCCAUCUGGCUGAAACACCAGCGGCCUUGUGACCACUUUAACAACGACACCACUCACUGUGUGGAUUGGCUACAAGCAUGUUUAUGUCCGGGAUUAUGUGUUUAUCUAUUUAGCUUAGCCUCGCACGACACGGCCCAACAAUACACAGAUCAUCUUGAGCCUUGUUUCUGUCAAAUUCACAUUUUAAAUGUAACUUUGAUAUAAAAACGUUUUUUUCUGCAAAUAAAAAUCCAUAUUUCAGGUUCAUGAGAAUGAUCUGC